GUGGUCCAAGAAAAGGGUUGAGGGUUGACCGACCAUACUGAAAGGCACAUCAUGAAUUGGGCCUUUCUCCAAGGCCUCCUGAACGGAGUCAACAAGUACUCCACCGUCUUCGGCCGCAUAUGGCUCUCCGUGGUGUUCAUCUUCAGGCUCAUGGUUGUGGCUGCUGAGAAGGUGUGGGGCGACGACCAGAAGGAUUUCGACUGCAACACGAGGCAGCCCGGCUGCCACAACGUCUGCUACGACAAGUUCUUCCCCAUCUCCCACACCCGCCUCUGGGCUCUGCAGCUCAUCUUCUUCACAUGCCCAUCAUUGCUGGUCGUGCUGCAUGUGGCCUACCGGGAGGAGCGCGAGCGCAAACACCGGCUGAAGUACGGCGAGGACUGCAAGCCGCUCUACGACAACACGGGAAAGAAGCGCGGAGGUCUGUGGUGGACAUACUUCCUCAGCUUGCUGUUCAAGAUGCUGGUGGAGGCCGUGUUUGUCUUCCUGCUCUUCUACAUUUACGAAGCCCCCUUCUUCCCGCCGCUUGUCAAAUGUGAUGAAUCCCCGUGUCCCAACGUGGUGGACUGCUACAUCGCCAGACCUACAGAGAAGAAGGUCUUCACCGUGUUCAUGGUGGUGACCAGCUUUGUGUGCAUUCUGCUCACUAUUUGCGAGGUAUUUUAUCUCUUUGGUAAGAGGUUCUGGGAGUGCUGUCGUGAACAACAGCACCCCGGUCGACACAACGGCAACUCCUUCGUCAUGGCCAAAAUCCCCCAGACCAGAAGUGUUAACUCCGUCUACAAAGAGCCUCUCACAUCAGAGAAGAUGACGAUGGUGGAUGGUAAAGGCCCAACGACUCCGGAGAGUUCUGCACCGGCGUACAGUCUGGCCAUCUCUUGAACAACAUACAAUUGUAAAAAAUAAUUAAACCAAAAAGGUUUGAAUAGAUGAUGGAAGGGUCAUGUUAGAGAGGAUGUUUUUUCUUAUACAGUACAUAUUUUGUUAGCCUGGCAACAU